AUUCUCAGACCGUCCACUAUGAAUAAAUUCUGACUUUUUUCCCAUCAUCACUCUUGAUUCUAACUAUGAAUUAUGACUAAUACUCUUUAGCCUCUUUUUAGUUCUUCUUGCUUUCACUCUCUUUUGGAUCAAGUUUAGUACAGAUUUUCCAUUUUCCCUCCAGUGUCCAAGGCCUUAUCUUGAGAUGGCCUUCUACUUUGUCAUCCAACUACUACUCAUGUCUAUAAAUCCAUUUAUGCAAAGAAAGAAACCCAAUACUUUUAGCCCUUUUUAAGGCGUGCCUCUUGACCAAUUAUUGCUUCCAAAAACCAUAAAUGUGAAAUUUUGAUCCUUUAGUACUUGUGUUUCACUCUCAGCCUCCUUAGAUACUAAUUAUCAAACUUUUUUUUUCCUGGUUACAAAUGGUUUCACAAGACUCUCCCCCACAUCCAGACACAAAUAAUAUUCUACACCAAUUCCUUAUCUCAGACUCAAUCACCACCCAAAACCAAUUUGAGAACCAACACUUUGAUGCUUAUGGGUCCUCCACCAACUUCAGAGGCAGCAACAAUAUCACAUUCUCUCCUUGCCCUUCUCAGCUUGGUGUCUUACCAAGCAUUCAGUCUUUGGGUGAAAGAAUGUCUAGAUCAAUAGACCUUGUCCAAGCUCCAACGAGAGUGUCGUCGGAAUCCGAGAUCAGCCACACCAGGCGUUUGAUGGACCUUUUAGGAGCAGCAGCAGCAGCAAACGACACCAACCACCAAGCCCAGAGGCUCUCCUUGUCUCUCGGCUCUCAGAUGCUCGUUCCUCAUGUCCAAUAUAGACAAAGGUCCUUGAACUCAGAUCUCAUGAGCCAAAAUUACUUGCUUUCCGGAGAUCAAGAACCUAGAGAAGAAGCUUGUAGUAAUCCUGGCGUGGAAAAUGUAGUAAACGACGAGUACCCUUUUCCUGGAAGCUCGCUAGCUUCGUCCUCGGCCUCGUUGAAUCGACAUUGUUCAACGUUGUAUGGAGCGGCAUCUCUGUCCAAUGCCGUUGGGCAAUCGAGAUAUCUAAAACCAACUCAGUCCCUCUUGGAAGAGAUCGUCAACAUUGGUGGGAAAGCAGUUGACUUAAGCAAUGAGAAAUAUGUCAGCAAGCUGUUCCGCGGAAGCAGAAGAGGCUCUCUAAUCCUUUCUUCCGAACUAAAAGCCGAAUUCUGCAGCAGUGGAGCCAUGUCUGCCGAGAAACAAGAGUGUCAAAUCAAAAUCGCAAAGCUCAUCUCUUUAUUGGAAGAGGUGGAGAGCAGAUACGAGAAGUAUUACCAUCAAAUGGAAGAAGUAAUGACGGCGUUUGAGAUAAUAGCAGGACAAGGGUCAGCCAAGUCUUACACGGCUUUGGCUCUUCAAGCCAUGUCGAGACACUUUUGCAGCUUAAGGGACGCCAUUGUUUCGCGGAUAAAUAUCGAGAAGCGAAAGCUGUUUCAAGACUUGCCCAAGAUCAGCGCUGGUCUGUCGCAGCUCAGCCUGUUCGACAGAGAGUCGAGAAAUGACAGCAACUAUAACAACCGAAUCACUCUUCAACAGCUUGGGAUGAUGCAAAGUCAACGCCAAGCUUGGAGACCAAUCAGAGGAUUGCCUGAGACCUCCGUCACAAUCCUUCGCGCUUGGCUCUUUGAACACUUCCUUCACCCUUAUCCGAAUGACUCGGAGAAGCUAAUGUUGGCAUCACAAACUGGACUCACCAAGAACCAAGUUUCAAAUUGGUUCAUAAAUGCCCGGGUGAGACUUUGGAAGCCAAUGAUUGAAGAGAUGUACAAAGAAGAGUUUGGAGAUUCUUCAGAAGAAUCAAAUCCAUUGGGUGGUGGUUCCAUGACAAGGGAAGGUGUCACGGACCAGGAAGAGGACUGAAGAGAAUAUUUAGAGGGACAAAGCAAGGCAAGGCAUUUGUAUGGGUGGUAGUGAUUAACUAAAUCCGCUUGAUGUGGGCUUCUUGUUAAAAUUUUAUGUAGCAAG